CGGGGCGCUAGGACCGUGAGCAGGACAGGCAGGACGCUCCAGAGAGAGUAAACACUUCUUUUCAGACAAGAUACUUUUAUUUGUGACGCUGUGUCUGAAUGGGCAGGUUUCAGAAGGUCUGAUGGUGCUGGGACAUCCAGAGCGACUCGGCAUCUGGUGCUUUAUUCGGAAACGCUGUAAAAGAGCGAGCCAAAGUUUCCUUCUGGAGGACGAGCACGGAGGAACUACCUGCCUGUCACCGGAGAGGAUGAGGGAAAACCUGGGAAAUGAUCGUCAGGGACUCGUCUGAUGUGUUUUCUUUCACCAUGAUGACGCCACGCGAGAGCUCCCUCCUGCGGACUCACCUGCUCCUCCAGCUCCUCCUCCCUCUCACACUGUCCCUUUUGCACCCUCCUCACCCUCCGGCUGUCCACGUCCCCACGCUCAUUCCUCACGCACCGAUGCCUCUCAUCCGCUCCCGCUUCAGCGCUCAGACACAGCUGGACUUCACCACGCACUGCAACUCCAGCUGCUUCCACAGAGGAGAGCAGGAGGCCCAGAAGGAGCAGCUCUCAGAUAAACUGGCUUUUGAGACGCUGUAUGCUGACGGCUCCCGCACUCUCACCACUGUAGAUGUGGAGGGCGACGAGGAGUUUGAAGAAGAUCACUUUGCUCACCCUUCACCGAAGAGAGGACCCAGAGUGAUGCCCAGGCACAAACGCGUGAGGCGGCAGAUAUAUGGAGCAGAUGGACGUUUUAACAUCCAAGGUGACAACUUCCUGUUGGAUUACCCUUUCUCCACUGCCGUGCGGAUCUCCACCGGCUGCACCGGCGUUCUUGUAUCUCAGCAGCACGUCCUCACAGCUGCCCACUGUGUUCAUGAUGGGAAGGAUUAUGUCAAGGGGGCGCGAAAGCUCAGGGUGGGAUUCCUGAUUCUUCAUUCCAAUAAAAAAAUUACAAAAAACCCCCUUGGUAAAAGGAAGCCUUAAAAAGGGUGGAUACGGCCUUAGGAGGUCAGCAUGGACUUUGAUUACGCUCUGCUGGAGUUGCGUUGGCCUCACCGCCGUCCCUUCAUGCGCCUCUCUGUGGCUCCCUCCUCCGACGACCUGGCAGGGAAUCGCAUCCACUUCUCUGGCUUUGACAGCGACAGAUCCGGGGAGCUGGUGUACAGGUUUUGUCCUGUGGAAGAAGAGUCCAGCGACCUGAUAUACCAGCACUGUGACGCCCGACCUGGAGCCAGCGGCUCUGGAGUGUAUGGAAGAAUGUGGGACAACAGUUUAGAGCGCUGGGAAAGGAAGGUCAUCGGCAUUUUUUCUGGACACCAGUGGCUGGAGAUAGAUGGGGAGAACCGGGAUUACAAUGUGGCCGUGCGCAUCACUCCACUGAAAUUUGCUCAGAUCUGUUACUGGGUGCAUGGUAACCGACUAGACUGUGUCCAAGACUAAGAAGGACAAAAGGACAAAGAGGAGGUUUUUAAAGUAUAGCAUGACAAUACAAGGAAGCACAAAAAAUAAAGGGUGAAAUGUCUUAUUUCCCCUAAUGAAAGACGAGUGAAACAGAAUUAAAUCCAUACAAAAAUAACACCCUUCAGUGAGUGAUACACCAGUAGAGCAGAUAAAUUAAAUUAAAUUAUUUCUCUCCUGUGUUCAAUUUGCUUCCUGUAACCUCUGGGCCUAUAGUCUGCCUGUGAGAUCAUCAUCACCACGGCAUCUUUUAAUAUGUUUUUGCCCACAGUCAGAUUAAUAACACAGUCAGUGUUUCCACAUUAUCAACAUAAGCCACUUUUUAUAAGAGGGGAAAAACACUUUAGUGUGUAGUGUGUCAGAAGCACCAGCUUAUUUUCCUACUGUGGAUAAAGCAACCUAUAGACAUUUUAUCUUGACAUCUUUAUUUUAGGGAAAUGGUUUAGUAUUUCUUUAGGUCUUUAAAGAUCAUUUGAUUACUCCCUUUGAUCUGCACACUACAUAAUACACAGAAUAAAAAACUGAUUUUGGACACCACUGAUGCUUCUUGACGUUUCAGCAGAUAGUAUGCUCUUCUCAGUGUGGACUGGAGACAAUGUUAAUUUUAUUUUUUUGAAAAAUGCUUGAUAUAUUUUAAUAAACAGAGAUUUAUAACAAUGA